AACCAUUCUACUCCAUCACUCUACCCCGUCACUUACUUCAAGAUGGAAGACGAUGAAGAUAACAAGAUAAUUAUUAAGGACAUACAGUUUGGCUUCCGACGUUUUCGAGCACCUGCAAAACGAAUCUACGGGAAUCGGAAUAUCUUUCUCUUGGAUGUCCCGCCGAAUCCAAUUGCUAGCUGGUUAUCAUUUUGGAUGCCGCAGCUCGUCCGCUCUUGGCUACAGCGAUUGCUGCCAGAGUGGUUCUUACCGACAAGUGUUAUUCUAAAGGAGCGAAACCCGACCAAGGCUGAUAGUUACGAAAACGAAAUUGCUACAUACCUGCAUCUUCGAUCCCUCCAGGGCACCCACAUCCCGCGUUUGUUUGGUGAAGUAGCCGUCAGCGACCCCCACGCGCAGAGAUACCAGAUCAGCAAGCGACCCAUUCCUGCUAUCCUCCUGGAAAACAUCGAAGGAGUGUCGUUACACAAUCUUCCAAUUAAAGAGCUAAGGAAUCUUCCCCUUGUCGAGGAACUCCAGAAUAUAUAUGCACUGCUUACGAAGGGGGGGGUUGUUCACGGGGAUCCAAGGCUCCACAACUUUCUACGUGUUAAUAAGAGGAUCGUUGCUAUCGACUUUGAGUUUUCCCGGCCCCUUUCUAGCAAAAUAACGAAUGAGGAUGAAUUGGAGACCUUAAAGAUCGAGAUUGAGAAACGGAAAAGGCAGGCACAGGGGGCAGAAUUGGAACAUCCCGUUCAGGGGCCUGUCAUUUUGAAUAGUUUACGGGUGCGGGAAUCUUCCGGCACGACGACCCAUGACAAGCAGAGGGGUGACGAAAGACCUCUCUACCCCUGGGGCUCAGCUACCUAA